AUGCAUUACGUCUAUGUUCUGAGGUGUCGUAAUGGCAAAUAUUAUGUCGGUGAAACUAGUAAUAUGAGAAAUAGGUACAAUGAACAUAUGAGUGGAGGACGUCGUGCCGCCUUAUGGACACGCAAAUAUAGACCAAUCAGUAUCGCAUGGGUAGGGCUUACCAAUAACCAUCUUUUAGAAUUGGCCAAAACCAUAGAGUACAUGAAAAGGCACGGCCCUAAUAAUGUAAGAGGCGCUAAACACUCCCAAUGGAAUUUGCACCCUAAUACUUACGAACGUUAUUUGCGAAAAUCUGGUGGAUAA